AUGCUCCGCCGCCUCGCCGUCAGCCUCCUGGUCGCCACCGCCGCCGCCGAUGUCGUGCCGGACGGGCUGAGGAAGCAGAUCAAGCAGCUCAAGGCCAAGGAGGCGGCGGCGCGCGCGGCGCACGCGGCCGAAGCUGCCCACGCGGGCGUCGCCGGGCCCCGCCGCCUCGAGGAAGACGACGACGACGACGACGACGCGAUGUUCGCGUCGUGGGACGCGGCGUGCUCCAUCAUGUACGACUGGGAGACGUGCUUCUCCACGGAGUGCGGCCUCACGAUCACCGACGACGACGACGACGACGACGACGACGACGACGACGACGACUACGCCAUCGCGACGUGCGCCGACGCCGAGGCGUCGCCCUCGUUCCUCGAGGCCUGCGACACGACGGCCGUCGACGGCGUCUGCUCCGCCUGCUCGCCGCUCUACGAGGCCUGGGCCUGGGUCGCGUGCAUCUACUCCUACGCCGCGACCUUCUCUCUCGGCGACACCUGCGUCUUCAUCUGCGCGUCCGACGCGACGGACGCGGCCGCCGGCCUCAAACUCGGCGCGGCCGCGUUCGGCCUCUGCCUCGCGGCCGGCGCGCUCUGA